UCUAAUUAUAUGACCAGCACCUGUAUAUUAAUAUCACAAUGUUUCAGAUGGCGAACCAAGCCUUAAUGUUUGUGGGGGUUUUUUAACAUUUAUUUAAACCAUUACAAUAAGUCUCAACCAACUUAACAUACAUAAAUAAUAUUGAUAUAACAAAAAAUAUCCGAGAGGGCUUCAAGUGUCCGCACGGCUAAAGUUGCGUCGCAGCAUCAGACACAGAGCUUUGAGGAGCUUGAGAAUGUGGGUUUGCCAUGUGGAGUUUAAAAUCUAUCAAAUGUUUCCUCAUCACAACUUCACGUCAGUGUAGUAUAGAAAGUCUAACCGAGGCUUAAGAAGCAUUGAGGGGUAGCUGUAGUCCCUAGCCACUAAGUUUAAAAUUCCUCUAAUAUUAGGUAGUCUGGUCAAGGUUGAUUUAAUUUCCCUAAAUAUCUCUGCACCCUGUUCGCCAAUACGGAGCUAAGAAUCAUUCCCAAGCAGGCUGAUUGGUCCACAGGAGCCAAACUCUAGCGGAUCCUUGCCCUCCUUAUGAAUUACUGAUAUUAUAUCCUCUGACCAGCUCGUGGGUGGGUCAUUGUCAUCUAAGGCAUAGUUGAAGACUGCACAAAGAUCAGGUGUAAAGUCUGUCACAAAGAACAGACAACAUUCGCAGGGCAAUCCAUUGUUUUUCAAAGAUUUAAUGGUUUCCUCUAUUCCGCUUUUGGGGCUGUUAACUGCUCUGCUUGAGUCCACUUUGCCAAAUUUAAGAUCAUUAAAAAAUCCCUUUUAAUUUUUGCCACCCUUUGAGCCUCAUCUGGAGCAUCAUCGGGGUUCUGGUAAAAUGUUUGAAAUGCCCCUGCCACCUCAGCCCUAGACGUCGGGUGUCUUAUUUUAGAUACUAUGAUAUUUGACUUUGCUCUCCUCAAUUGAAAGGCAAGUAGACGACUUGCCCGACUAAGAGCUCCUUCAGCUUUAAGUUCUCCGUCCAGAGCAGCUCUACAACACAGUGUUGUUUCAGUGAAUCAUUGUCCGCGGUUGUUUUAUGCUCAUGUUCUAGUCUCUUUAUAUCACUUUCCAAUUUACACAAACGUUUUAUCAUUUAUGUAUCUGAAAAGUUGAAUUAUUUUUUUUAGUCUUUUACUUUUAUUCUUCUCAUGCCUCCAGAUGGAGAAGGUGGAGGAGGACCUGAUCCGCUCCAAGUCCCUCAGGGAGAACCAGGCCAAAGAGUUCUGCCAGCAGCUCGACGCACUCCGACAGAAAUACGAGCAGCAGAUGGCUGAGCAGCGCGUGCAGCACGAGCAGGAGAGGACGCGGCUACAGCAGCAGCACAGCGCGGAACAGGACAGCCUGGUCCAGGAGCGCCAGUGGGAGGUGAGCAGCCUGGAGAGGCAGGCCAGGGCAGCCCUGCAGCAGCACCAACAGCACACCCAGGAGUGGAGGAAGCGCGAUGCCCAGACGAUUUCCGAUUUGGAAGCCCAGCUGUCCGGUCACCGCGAUGACCUCCAAGGAGCCCACACGCAGCACAAGCAACAGUUGGCUGAGAUGGCGUUACUCCGGGAGGAGGAGAAACGAGUGGCGUUCCUGGACAGAGAGGCGUCCGUGGACCGGCUGCGCUCUGACAUGGAGCGCAUCCGUGGCGACCUUGAGGAAAGCCACCAGCAGGAGAAGGCCACUGCUCAAGAGAAGACCAGCAGCAGGUUGAAGCAGAUUGAGAAAGAGUACAGUCAGAAGCUCGCCAAGUCUGCCCAGCUCAUUGCGGAGCUACAGACGUCUGUAUGUGACUCAAAGGAGGAGGCUGUUCGUCUGCAGCAGGCCACGGAGAAGCAGUUGAAGGAGUGCAAUGUUCUUUGGGACGAGGAGAGGAGGUCGACAACUCAACACGCAGACCGGACCAACAAGGCUCUGCAGGAAAUGGUGGGAAGUCUACAGAGGCAGCUGCACUGCUCGGAGAAGAAGCUGCUGAGCAAGGAGCUCGAGACCGACGAGAAGUUUGGCAAAGAGUCACUGUUCUACUCCCUGUGUGGAGAGAGAGGCUGAAUCAUAUACUGUAUGUAUUCCUGCCUCCUACCCUGCUCUCACCUAAGGUCAGGUGUGUGCGUGUGUGCGUGUGUGCGUGUGUGUGUGUGUGUGUGUGUGUGUGUGUGUGUGUGUGUGUGUGUGUGUGUGGUGCAUGUCAAUAGCAAAACUGCCUUUCUGCUGUGUGUUGUUAUUUGGUUGGUGUGUGACCGUUUGCAUUUAUCUUAAGUGCGUCCUCAUCGUUUGUUGUUUUUUUUUUUUGUAUAUGAUAAUAAUAAUCCUCCACUCUGUCUCCUCACGCCGAUAUUGCCCUAGUUUAUCUGCCAAGACUUGUCUUUGUAAUCCGAUCCCUCCCAUGCAAAAAAAAAAAAAGCAGCCUUUCUGCCCAGACUUCACACAGAUGUUGCUUGCCUUACACUUGCAGGGCCCUCGCAGGCUCGCGCUCUAAAAUGGCGGAUCAGCAGCUCCUUGUGUGGUUCAACUCUCCUUGAAGAGAGCACCAGAAUGUUGAAGAGCACGGCUCUUUGUAUGAAUACAUAAUGACACAGUGGGCACGGCGAAAUGUACACGUUUUUAUCUGUUCUCCUGCAUCGUGGGACCCUGGUGAAAUAAAAAAUAAGUCAUUUCUGUAGUUGUUUUCUGUGUUAACGGCGACAAAAAAAAAAAAAUGCAGAGGAGUUGAACUUAAGUUCUGUCGUCUGAGUCGUCUUCCUGUGUGCUGUUUUUGUUGAGGCAUAUUACAUCAGCAGCUACCAAUCCAUCCCAUAGUUCUAACAACUUCAAUGAGAUCUGUAGCCACUUCUAAUCUCCUUUCUACCGGUUUUCUUUUUUUUCCCCUCUCGCACCAAAGUGUUUUUGAAUUCAAAUCGCUCCUUGGUGAACUCCGAGUGCCAACUCAGUGGAUGUGGAGGUGCAAACUUUGUGAGUGGCGUCAUUUUGAUGUACCCCCUUGUUCCUGACAAGGUUUUUGUCACUUUGGAACAAGGGGGGGGGGAUAUAUCAAAAAUGUCUUUCCAGCAGCUACUCCCCCCCACCCUCCCAACCUGUCCCACGCAAGCCUGCACACACAGACACCCCAACUUCAUUAGCAUACAUCAAGCUUCCCAACGAUGUGACAAACUUCAUUUGAACAUUGAAAGUGUUGAGGGCUUGUUUCUUUCUGCUGGCAGCUGUCAAAAACCACGCCAUGUGACGGUACCAAGCGCAAGGGAAAGUCAAAACCACAAUCUAAAGACUAUAUAUAGAUGAAAUGUUGUCACUUUAAGAUGACUGGGAGGGGAAAACGACUGCCGCUCCUCGCAGUCUUCAAAACUAGAGAAUUACGCUUCAUCAAGAACAAACAAAAUCUCAUUUUAUAAAAUGAGCUGUGGAGAUGAAACCUGAUUUCUCUCCUGAAAGUCAAAGUCCCUUUUUAUUUUUCAUUGCUUUGGGAGAUAGUGGCACACAUCCCCCCCCUCUGCAUUUCCCUUUUCUAUCCGGCUCACCCUCAUCUGGAGUCCGUCAAUGACCGAAACCUCACGGAAGGCUUGAUCAGCAGUACUGUUCAAAGGCACCAGACAUCUGUCCUAAUGGUGAGGAGGCUCUUUUUUUUUUUUUUUUUUUUUUUUUUUUUGCCUCCUGCCACCUGUCAGAAAAACAAACACGCCUUUGCUGUACGAAAAAAGAUGUUGAAAGAAAUAGAAAAAUGUGUUUGCGUGAAGGAAAGAUGGAGAUGAGAGAGGAGGGACCCUGGAAGAGGCGAGAGGAUGCAAAGCAGACAUCUUUGGGGAGUUUUGAGAGAUGCUCCUGUUUUGAAUUUUAACUCCAUGGAGAGAUACGGUACUUUACCGCUCCUUUGCUUCUUUUUUUUUUUUUCUGGAUCUGUUAGCUGAGCAUACCUUUCCACAACAGAGACGCUGCUGCUGCCUCCACCCACACACAAGCUGUAGUUAGCCGUGCUGUGGAAAGAUGCGAUUCGUCUGCUAACCGUGUAGCAACAUCGUCCGCCAUCAGGUUAACGUAGAUGAACAGAAAAUGCAUGUAUUAAUACGACGUCUACAAUACAUGUUUAGCAGGUCAUGAUAGUCAUGACGUCAUCGAGACAGAAGCCGGAUACACUGUACACCCACAAUGCAUACGUUCUAGUCCAGUUGGAUCGACCCCGCCGAUUGUACCAACACGAGCCCGUUGCUCCCCGUGAGUCCCGGUGAAGUCGCCGUUGUAGCCGUGCCCGUUCUAAUGUAUGGGAAGGAAAAUGGAGACGGCGUUGCCACAGAGGAGCUUGUAAUUUAGGCAGAGCGGAUCUCUCAUUGCUGUGGCGACUGCACCAUACAUGAACCAAGAAUGCAAAAGCUAAGGAGCGUGGCUUUUGAAGAAUCUUAGACUUAUAUUCAGAGCGGUUGGUAAGGGAUGUGUUUAUUCAACCAUUGUUUAUUGCUUUGGUCUGAGGUAGUGGAGUGUGUUUUGUCUUGGCUUGCCAUUCUGUUAUGACUACAGAAGCUGCUAUAGAUAGAUAGAAAAUCUGCACUCCCAUGGCUUCAGCUGAUUUUUCAAAUUAAAGCUUCUGAAACCCGUUUUUUUUUCUUCUUCUUCUUAUUGCCACUUGUUUGAAAGGGUCACUCUCAAAUUAUCCCUGACUUCAUUCUCACACAGAGAGGAAAAAAAAGAGACAUAUGUCUGUAAACUUUCAAAAUGAAUGGGGCAGAAGGAGCCUGAAAAGAAAUGGCCAAGUUGUGUGGGUCUAAUCUGCGGCGGCGCACUGUGCCGAGACAAAGAGAGCCGCUUCAUGUUGGGAUCAUUUAUACGGGGGGGUUCUUUGAAGUCCCUUUCAUUGUGCCCGGGAAGAUUAAUUAGCCGAAACCAGAACAAUCAGUUAAAUACACAACAGGAAAAUGAUUUUAGGAAAACCAAUCUUUCCCCCCCAGUCACCUCAUUCACGCUCUCUUCACAUGAAAGGCCGGCCUGAUCAGAAGGGGAGUGUGGGGAUGUUGUUAAUGUGAGCCGGACGCUGGCUCUGUCAAAGACAUUAUGGUCUGCUGAAAUGCUCAGACUCUCCCCUGGUUACACCUUGAAAUAUGCGGCGGGGGAAACUGUUGCUUUUCACAGCCCCCGUUGAUUCCUUCCAAGCUCUGUUAAACUAUUCAUCAAGCUCUGAAUUAAUUGAUCCGGCAACUCUUUUCAAAAUGCUGUAAAUGCUUCUGUUUUUUACAGCACUGUAAAAAAACAAAGCUCCGCGCUUGUGCAUGUGUGUGAGUCCAUUCAUGUGUGUUUGUGGCUGGAAUAGGGGGGGGUUGCGUUUACCAAAAAAAACCCUUUUCAACUUCUAUAAUCAGACUCUGGUUUAGUGGAGUGUAAUUUAGCCCCAGACAGACUUCCUCCAGUCCUCCCCAGUGGAGCUAGCUAGCUGUUGAGCUGCUGCUGCUGCGUUUGAUGUGUUCUGCCCUCCACCGCUGCCCUGUCCUCUUCCAAACCCAGCUGUGUCGGGCCCCGUAAAUGCAUUGUGUCAAGAUCUGGCUGUAGGCGGCAGCCGCCAGUAGGGGGUGUUGUGCAGAGCCAGCCGUGCCAGUCUGUGGGACCCCCUGUGGAGAUGUGAAGGAGCUGUGAAGAGCGAGGGAAUACUCCGAGCCAUGAAUAAAGAGGGGAUACCCUGUGUGUGUGUGUGUGUGUGUGUGUGUGUGUGUGUGUGUGUGUGUGU